GAUGGGGUUGUCAGUUGUAGGAAGAAAUUCUGAUAUUUUUGUUGGAUUGUACGAAGAAUUUUGUUGGUUUUUUUAGAUGGUUACGUUGUCUAUUAUUUUAUCUAUCCCUUUAAAAACAAUUGUUUUCAUUCAUGUGUCAUCUUAAAAUUUGAAGACUUCUAAAUUAUAUUCUUAUAGAAAAAACAACAACAUUUGCAAUACCCAAAUUAUAAAUGAGAGAAAUGAUACAUCAGAAGUUUUUUUGUUUUUUUAAUCUGAAUGUGACAACUUUAAAUGACAAGAAACAAAAGAAGCUUUUUUUAUGUUGACUAAUUCAGUGUAUUUUGUGUUUGUUCAGCUCGGGUUAAUUUUCUUUUAUAUCAAUCGUCAUAAUUUUUCAGCUUCCGAGACUCAUCUUGUAGUUGAUGCAUUGUAUUUUUGUAUAGUCACAAUGUGCACAAUAAGAUAUGGUGACAUCACUCCAAAUAGCACAACCGCUAAACUUUUCUCUAUAUUGUUUGUGUUGGUGGGGUUUGGAUUUAUAGACAUAUUGCUGAGUAGGAUGGUUAGCUAUGUGCUUGAUUUGCAGGAGAAUCAUAUGUUGACGGCAGUGAAGGGGAGGAGGGGUGAGAAGGAUGGAAAGUCUUAUAUAAUUGAUGUGGAGAAAGGGAGGAUGAGGAUUCGAUUGAAGGUGGCGCUGGCGUUGGGAGUUGUGGUGAUUUGUAUUGGGGUAGGUGUGGCGGUUAUGCAUUUUGUGGAGAAGCUUGGUUGGUUGGACUCUUUUUAUCUUUCAGUUAUGUCGGUUACUAUGGUUGGGUAUGGAGACCAUGCUUUCAAGACCAUGCAUGGCAGGAUCUUUGCUGCAAUUUGGUUGCUCGUGUCUACUCUUGCCAUGGCUCGAGCGUUCCUCUAUUUGGCUGAGGCAAGAGCGGAUAAGCGGCACAGGAUGAUGGCGAAGUGGAUUCUUGGUCAGGAUAUGACUGUUUCUGAGUUUCUUGCAGCAGACAUAGACAACAAUGGCUUUGUGAGGUAUGGACUGUUUCAUUUCGAUCUCAUAAAAAGUCAGUGA